ACGGCUACAGUGUUGCUUGCUGUAAGUGUUGCUUGCUCCACUGACAAACGGAAUGCGUCGGUUACAAUGCAGCGCUGUAUCUUGAGCGAGAUCAGAGUUUUAUUCGAAUAGUUCUAAAAUGAUUAAAACGACAUUGCAGAUUUGGUUCAAAUUGUAAGGCAACAGCCGACGGUAAACCUGGAGAUUGCGUGGGCAGAGCAGAUUUCUGGGUCCGCGGGGGGAUUUGGCUCAGGGGGAGUAGCCUAGCAUUCUGAUGUAUUUGCUCCUUCUAGUUUUAAAUGGCUCUAUGUUACAGCUGCCUCAAGUCAGGACCGGACACGGGUGUGUAAUAGAGCUGCAGAAAUAUUCGUUCGAUCUACCCGCGCGCUGACAAAGAAUCCGCGUUUACGCCCUAUAUCUCUCUCAUCCAUCCGUUUCGAGACCUAGGAAGACGCUGACGGAAAAUAUACUUUCGCCUUUUUAGCCUACUACAGGGACCUAACGAUGGGGAACACCACCUCCUGCUGCGUAUCGUCGAGCCCCAAGAUCCGGAGAAAUGCCCAUUCGAGGCUAGAACCCUACCGCCCUGAAGCGGAGCUGAGUAGAGAGGAUACGGGCUGCAACCUACAACACAUCAGCGACAGAGAGAAUAUGGACGAUCUGAACAUGGAGUACAACCCUUCAGACCAUCCCAGAGCCAGCACCAUAUUCCUCAGCAAAUCCCAGACAGAUGUUCCCGUCCUCAAUAAGAAAGUGCGAGAAAAACGGAAGAGCAUCUACAUCAAUCAUUUAACACACAUUUCGGAGAACAAGCACCAUGCGGCUCCAGUCAGACGGAAGUACAGCUCCUGUUCCACCAUUUUCCUAGAUGACAGCACCGUCAGUCAGCCUAACCUCAAAUACACCAUCAAGUGUGUAGCCCUGGCGAUAUACUACCACAUAAAGAACCGGGAGAUCGAUGGGAGAAUGGUAUUAGAUAUUUUUGAUGAAAAGCUGCAUCCACUUACGAAAUCUGAGAUUCCUGCGGACUAUGAAAAGCACGACCCGGAGCAGAAACAGAUCUAUCGCUUCGUCCGGACGCUGUUCAGUGCAGCCCAGCUCACUGCAGAGUGUGCUAUCGUCACACUAGUGUACCUGGAGCGCCUGUUAACUUAUGCAGAGAUAGACAUCUGCCCAGUCAACUGGAAGCGUAUCGUCCUGGGAGCCAUCCUGCUGGCGUCCAAGGUGUGGGACGACCAGGCUGUGUGGAACGUAGACUACUGCCAGAUCCUCAAAGACAUCACCGUGGAGGACAUGAAUGAGCUGGAGCGUCAGUUUCUGGAGCUGCUGCAGUUCAACAUCAACGUUCCGUCUAGUGUUUACGCUAAGUACUACUUUGACCUGCGCUCCAUGGCCGAGGCCAACAACCUCAGCUUCCCUCUGGAGCCACUGAGCAGGGACAAGGCUCAGAAACUAGAGGCCAUCUCCAGGUUGUGUGAUGACAAGUAUAAAGACUUGAGGAAAGCGGCCAAGAAGAGGUCUGUGAGUGCAGACAAUCUGACGGUGGUGAGGUGGAAUCCGGCCAUCAUAUCCUAACAGCGUCCUUCGCCACCAGGAGGAGGACAGCGCAUCCACCAUGACGGAGACAUGACAUGGCUGCCUGGCCUGGGAGGUCAAGGGUUAGGGCAGGAGAACUUAGACUCAGAACUCAGUUGUCCAGUUGCGUCUGUGUGGUUUGUUUCACACAGAAAUGACCUGCUGGCACCUUUGUGGAUAAUAAGUAUUAUUGUUGCUCUGAUGGUCCACUUGUGUACUGUACAUACAAGAUGUCCCUCUGGUUGUCUGAAGUUGAACUUGAGUCCUACAGGUGACUUGGUGACCAAUGGCAGAAGAGCAGUGGCCAGAUGGGAAGAGAUUAAAAGAACAUUGGGAAAGAUCAAGAGACAGUGGAAAGAUUUGAAGAAUCCUAGAAUAAUAGCCCAUAAACUCAAUCAAAAGCAUUCCAAUAGCCAUUUUAAAGGUUGACUGUCUUGUAUAGAGAAGAAAUCGCUCGGGUAUACUGCACAUUCCUAUCAUUUUCAAGGAUUUCAGCAAAUUCCUCUCUAAAGCACAAUGCUUUUUUCCCAGGUAACAGGCAAACCUAAUUUGUACACAUUCCUGAAAUAUGGAAAUGUCUCUACUUCCUUGGAGGCAGUAACAAGAGCUCAUCAAGUGUUAUUCUUACUGUGUUUGGUUGCAAUGAAAUCAAACUGCCAAAA